CAGGCGCCCCUGGGCGGAAGUGGCGCGGCCCGGGGGAGGCGGCGGCCAUGGCGGAGAAGUUCGACUCCCUGGAGGAGCACCUGGAGAAGUUCGUGGAGAACAUCAGGCAGCUCGGCAUCAUCGUCAGCGACUUCCAGCCCAGCAGCCAGACGGGGCUCAAUCAGAAAUUGAAUUUCAUGGUGACGGGCUUGCAGGAUAUCGACAAAUGCCGGCAGCAGCUUCACGAUAUCAGCGUGCCCUUGGAAGUUUUUGAAUACAUAGAUCAAGGCCGCAAUCCUCAGCUUUACACUAAAGAGUGUCUGGAGCGAGCUUUGGCUAAAAAUGAGCAAGUGAAAGGAAAAAUUGACACUAUGAAGGUGCAACAUUCUGCUUCUCUCUGGGUACGAGAUCACCAAACCUGUUCUGCAACUGUCCUGCAAAUGGAGAAGGAGCCACCUUCCAUGUGCCAGAAGUCAGGUUGUGGAAGGCUCCCUGUUCCAUAUGUGUUUGUGGGGUUCUUUGUGCAGCAGCUGGGGAGCAGCUGUGGGUCACAGGAGCCCCUGGGUGCUUGAGACAGCAUCCAGAGCAAAUGAGAGCAUGCGUUGGUGUUCUCCCUUCCAGCUGCCUUCCAGGUAGUCUACAAUUCCACUUCAAACAGCUCAUGGUGCCAAAAGGUAAAGAGAGGAUGUGGCACUUGUAAUCCAAACCUUUUCUUUUUGUUCCUGCCUCCCAGCUGCUAUGUCCCGAACAGCUCAUGGCCUAAUGAAACUUUUUAAUGAAAAAAGUUUUCCUAGUUUUUAAUGAAACUGGGAAACUUUUUGAGGAGACAAGAUACAGUCCCCAUUCUUAAGGCAGCAGAAAAAAUGAGCCCGAAUGCUGAAUUAUGAGGGAAAUUUUCUACCUGCUGUUACAGAAGGAGAUGGAACACUUUUGAGCAGCUGAAGAUCUGUUCUGGAAGCUUCCAGAGAAGACUAAGGCUUAAGAGUCAUAUGUGUACUGAAUAUUCUCCAUCAGCUUACUUUAGGCAGACUGUAGCUGUUCCAGGUAACAUUCAUUUAACUAAAAAAAAAGGUUUAUGAUUUACAUAUUUACAUCCAAGCCAGUCACAUCGAGCUCCAUGUGUACCCAGCAGAGAGAUGGGUUCGUGUCAACUUGAAGCAAAUAUUCGCAACAGGUUGUCUGGCUGAGCUGGCUCUUUAGAGUCAGCAUUUGGAUGCACCUUAACUCUCUUCAUGUUCUCCAUAGGGAACUCAUACAGCUCAAAAUAUGCUCCUCAGCUCUGUGCAGGAAAUUAGAUAGUUUUACUUGACUUACUCAACUACAUGGGGGGAUUUACCCACACUUUUGUGUUCUGAAAUCAGGCUGGUGUCACUUGUGCUCUCUUUGGGAGGAUGGAAUGUGUGAAAGUAUUCAAGGCUGUGAGGAACUCAAAUGUUACAGUUGUGUUUUAAAUAGCAGACUAGAGAAUCAUUCUUUGGCCUGUAAAAAAAAAUAAAAUUAUUGUCUAACAACCAGAAAAAUGUAA